AGAAAUUGGAUUUUUUUCGAUAGAAUGCCCACAGAUUAGUGAUGAAUUCCAUAAUCUUUCUUUCUAUGGUUAAGAAUUAUUUUUGUCAUAUAGAUGACUACAGAUCAUGGGAAGUUCAAAGAAGGGGACAUAAUAAAUUGGACCACCCCUACCAACCACCUACAGAGAAGUUUGGAAAUUCCACCACAUUUCAAGAUGAUUUUAUUCCCCGCGAGCUGAAUCCUAGACAAAGCUUUAAACCUCCUUGUGUGGCCAAACUUUCAGAUGUGCCUUUUAAUGGUGUUACUAGUCAUCGCAGUUCUUAUGUUGCUCAUCCACUGGAACCAAAAUUUAUAAGAUCAAAGGAAGAAUACAAGCCAAGCAGCCAACCCUUAGAAGAUCUCACAACCCACCGGAAUGAUUUUAAAGGACUACCUGGAGAGCUUUCAAAAAGCUGCAAGCCUGAAUACACCAAAUUUGGGUCCAAUGCUCACUUUAAUGGAAGCACUGAAUUCCAGGAUUGUUUUCAGCCAUGGUCAGUCUCAUUGCCUGAAGUCCGCAAGAUAAAAGAAUAUGUUCCACCUACAGGUAACAUGGAUUUAAACUCCACAAGCCAUCUUGACUAUGUUUGGCAUGAGAUCUGUCCUGUUGCUGCCAUAAGACCAGUUUCUUACGGAAGAAAGAGCAAAGUCCCUUUCCAAGGAAACACCACCAUGAAAGAAGACUUUCAAGCUUGGGACAGCAGCCGGCGGGAAAUUAUUAAAAGACAUCAGGAAAUUCCAAAACCCACUGGAAAAUUUGAUGGAUUGACCACAUUCAAAUCUCAUUAUCUACCACAUGAAAUAAUUCCAGCUCAAAGUUUCAAACCUUUACAUGUUGCUCUCCCAAGUUCAGCUCGGUUUGAAGAUGAAACCAUAUAUCGUACAGAGUAUACAACAAAGAAACAAGACAUCUGCCCAGCAAACUAUUCAUCUCCUCCAGGAUAUGUCUACAUAAACACAGAUUCUCAGGGUCACAAGUUUUUCCACAAGGUUACUCCAGAAAUGAAUACAUUUUCAGAAUCCAAUGGUAAUCAUAUUGCAAAGGAAGUAGCUGUUGUGUCAUAACUUGUAAUUUUACUG